AUGCAAGAUUUUGAAGCAAUUAUCACUGAUUUUGAGAACCAGUUGGCAAAGGCUGAUGAUGUUUUAUAUGAUUCAGUUGACAUAUUUCAAAUUGUUAGCAAUUCUCUUUCAGUUUUAAAAAUAUUAAAUUCAAAUCUUCCAAUCGAAUUGUAUGUUCAAGUUCAUUCUGAAUGCCUUACAUAUUUCUCCGCGUUUCAGAAAUGCAUUUCUGACAAAAACAAGUUUUCACAAGAACAAUUACAAAAAGCUUUCGAUUUUGCUUUUCAAAAUGAAAUUUUGAUUCCACGACUUUAUACUGCAUUGCUAAUUUCAUCUGCUACCGAAGAUAUCAAUCAAAUAAACAAAGCUUUGGGUUCAUUAAUUUCAGUUUUUCAUCCGUUGCGUGGAAUUGCGCUACGAUUCACAGCUGUUACACUUUUUUCACGCAAACCAAAUCUAAUUUCUAAUUUUGCGCAAAUUAAUUUUGACGAAAUUUUACUUUUAGUUCCUCAAUCCCUCAAAUUAUAUCCAGAUUCUGUAAAGCAAGUUAGUGAAUGGCUUACUCCGAAUAUUUCGGUUGCUUUAUUCUUUAAAGAUUCCCGAGAUUUACUUAUUCAACAUUUCUUUGCAGCAUCAAAGUCUGUUAAUCAACCGGAUAUAUCUACAGCUAUCUUAACAACGAUUGAACAGAAUAUAGAACCACAAACUCUUGUACAAAACUUCAAUAAUUUCCAAAAUUCAAUAAAUUACAUUGGACAUCCCGAGAAAACAUCCGAACUUGUCGAAAAUAUUGUACGCCACAGUCCAAAUUCGGCUUUAGGCUUUAAUUUUAUCAAAAUUAUAAAUAAUAGAAAUGAUUUUUCACUUUUAGUUACUCAAUUAGCCUUGGACAGCAAUGAUUACGAGACAGUUAAGAACUGUGCUGCAUUGUGGCCUUAUGAUGACGUCUUCAAAUUGAUUUUCUCAAAAUGUGGACAUAAUAAAUUUGCAAACAUCGUUCCUAACAUUCCAAAGAGCACUCCUAUCACAGAAGUAUUCUUGGAAACAGCAAAUGACGAUGUUCUCCCUACUGCAUUCAGAAAAGUUUUGGAAAAUGAGAUGUCAAAGAGGUCUAGUACACUUAAUGAUGAUAUAACAAAGUUUGUAUCCACAUACGAACUCUCUGAAUCGUUUUUGAGGACUGUUUUCGAUGAACCUUAUAUUCCAUACGGCGAAACCAUGUUGAAAUCAAUUGUAAACCAGUGUGUUCGCAAUAAAAUGGAUUAUAAGUUUGCUCUUAACCUCGUGAAAGCCUCUGCGAAUGUUCCAGACAAAACAAAAGUAUCAAUUCUUUGUGAGAUCCUUCCUCCAAACGAAAUCAACGAAAUAUUGCAAUAUGUUACAGACUUAGAAGGCUUCCAAUCACUUUUGCCCCAUUUAUCUGCUUUUGAUGUUACAUCUGAAAUAAUUAUUGAAUUAAAUAAGAAGUUCCUUACAGAUGUAACAUUUGAUAUAUAUUCUCUUGCCGUUUGUGCUUACUUCAACAAAGGUUUUGUUGAAGAAUCUAUAGAUGUUAUGAAAAGUUACGUAAUUUUGGACCAUCAGUGCCAAAGUAUUGAAUCUCAACUUGAUAUAUACUUCAAUGCUUUGUCUUUGAUAUCAAUUCUUUCUGGAUCUGAUCAGAAAGUUAUUAAUUUCGGUACAGAAGUAUUGGCUCAUAUCAAAAACGUUGUUGAUUAUUUAGGCAAUCUCGAUUUCCCGAUUGCAACUCCAGAUAAAGUCAAAGACUGGCUUGAAAUACUUACUGUUUCUAAUUCUCAUAUAUACUCUUAUGAUUUUGCUAUUAUUUCUAAUAUAUUUGAUAAAUAUAAAUAA